CUUCUUAGCACUUUGGGGAAAUGCCCACAACAAUUAUUAACUGGUCUGGAUCUGAACUAGGCUCUUCGCUCUGCUUUGUUUUGCUGAUUCAAUUCUUGACAAAAUGUCCGUGAGAUAUCUCGGAUUUCUUCUCCUGGUUUGGUUUACAGGGGUGCUACAUGCACAAAGUGCAGCACAGCCUUGUACGGCUCCCAGCCUGAGGUAUGGUUAUCUUGUCCCUGAACAACACACUUAUUUUCAUGAAACCACGCUCACAUACUCCUGCGAUUAUGGACAUAAACCAGCAGUGGAGGGAUGGUGGGCGACAAGCACAUGUAGAAAUGGCACAUGGUUUCAUAAACCACAGUGCAUAGACGAAAAAGCCUGCCUUCCACCAACUGUCCCCAAUGCAAAAUACACUGAAAACCAAAAAGGUUGGUAUGAGGACGGACAUAAAAUAAGGAUAACAUGUGAAAAAGGAUAUGAACACAAAAACAAGACUGCCACAUCCAACUGCAUGAAUGGAACAUGGAGCUCUGUGCCGGUCUGUGAGAAAAGUAGCCAGUCAUGCCAUGAGCCUCCUAAAAUCCCCCAUGCAGUCAUCAUUCUUCAGAGAUACCAGGAGGUGUUUGCUGUAGAUUCAGAAGUGCAGUAUGAAUGUGAAGAUGGAUAUACUGUAGAGGGAGCAGACAGCAAAAAAUCCAUCCUUUGCAUAGCUGGAAACUGGACUGAAGCCACACCGUGCAGACCAAGAACAUUUACUGGACAUGGUGAUUCAGCAGUGGUGGGAACAGGUGGGGGACACACUGCAUCUGCUGGUAGUGGGACACAACCUGCGGGUGGAGGAAUCAGACCCGGUACUGGACAUGGUGUAUCCACUGGGGGAAGAACAGGUGGGGGACAUACUUCAUCUGCUGGAAUGGGGACACAACCUGCUGGUGAAGAAACCAUACCAGUCAGCAACUGUGGAACACCUCCCACAGUUCCUAAUGGUGAUGUUGUAAAAACUGGUCACAUGUUUUUAACGUACCAGUGCGGUUCCUUUUACACACAAGUGGGUCCAGCGGCAGUGGUUUGUUACAGUGAUGGCACAUGGUCAGAAGUACCCACCUGCAGAGCUACCUUCUGUUCUGUGGAAACAAAUGAAUAUCCAGCCUUAGAACCUGCUGGAGUAAAAUUUCUAAAAAAUGGUGAGAGUGAGACAUUCAAAUGUAAGGAUCUCUGGAUGUUUAAUAAUUAUUCUGUGGGCUGCUGUGCUGAUGGAAGAAUGACGUUUACCAGAUGUUGUAACAAGUUUCAGAUAAAGACGAAUACUUGCUAAGACUGGAUCACCAAUGGGAAGAUACUGCUGCCUUUGGAUAUGCUCACCACCGACUGAAAACAAAUGCCAGCCUGGAAACUUUUGAGAAA